AUGUUCCUCACCAGAUCCGAAUACGACAGAGGCGUGUCGACUUUUUCGCCUGAAGGCCGUCUUUUUCAGGUGGAGUAUUCGCUUGAAGCCAUCAAACUAGGGUCCACGGCGAUUGGCGUGCUGACUUCUGAAGGUGUUAUUUUGGGUGUGGAAAAGAGAGUCACUUCGCCGCUUUUGGAGAGCUCUUCCAUCGAAAAAAUCGUGGAAAUCGACGCCCACAUCGGCUGUGCCAUGUCGGGUUUGACUGCUGACGCCAGGCUGAUGAUUGACCAUGCUAGAGUGGCGUCCUUGAGCCAUAACUUGUACUACGACGAGGACAUGCAAGUGGAGAGCUUGACGCAGUCAGUGUGUGACUUGGCGUUGCGUUUUGGCGAAGGUGCUUCGGGCGAGAAGCGUUUGAUGUCGAGACCGUUCGGCGUGGCGCUUUUGAUCGCUGGAAUUGACGAAAACGGUCCUCAGUUAUACCACGCAGAACCCUCUGGUACUUUCUACCGCUACGACGCUAAGGCCAUUGGCUCGGGCUCGGAGGGCGCUCAGACGGAAUUGCAAAACGAGUACCACAAGUCGUUGACGCUCAAGGAGGCCGAGCUCUUGACGCUCAAGAUCUUGAAACAGGUGAUGGAGGAGAAAUUGGACUGCAAGAACGCUCAAUUGGCGUCUGUGACGAAGGAGGGCGGCUUCAAGGUCUACGACGACGCCAAGACCGAUGAGCUCAUCAAGGAGUUGAACGAGACCGUCACCGACGACACCCAGAUCUAA